ACUCCCAACUACACAACUUCAAUGCCCCAAUCUCUUCCUUUCUUCUUACUCCUCCUCCUCUCUAUUUAAAUCUUCCCUUCUCUCUCCCCCUCAUCUCUCAAUUUCCUCGUUCUCUCCGCUUUAAGCCAUGAAAGUCACCGUCGUCUCCCGUAGCGGUAGAGAAGUUCUCAAAGCCCCCCUCGACCUCCCCGAUUCGGCGACUGUUGCUGAUCUGCAGGAAGCUUUUCACAAGAGAGCUAAGAAGUUUUACCCAUCGAGGCAAAGACUGACUCUUCCCGUGGCUCCUGGGUCAAAGGACAAACCUGUUGUCCUCAACAGCAAGAAGUCACUCAAAGAGUACUGUGAUGGAAACACAGACUCCUUAACCGUAGUCUUCAAAGACUUGGGAGCACAAGUCUCGUACCGCACGCUCUUCUUCUUCGAGUACCUCGGCCCGCUCUUGAUCUACCCGGUCUUCUACUACUUCCCUGUUUACAAAUACCUCGGCUACGGAGAAGACCGUGUGAUCCACCCGGUCCAGACCUACGCUAUGUACUACUGGUGCUUUCACUACUUCAAACGUAUCAUGGAAACGUUCUUCGUCCACCGGUUCAGCCACGCAACUUCGCCGAUCGGGAACGUGUUCAGGAACUGUGCUUACUACUGGACCUUUGGUGCUUACAUUGCGUAUUACGUGAACCAUCCUUUGUACACACCGGUUAGUGACCUUCAGAUGAAGAUUGGGUUCGGGUUUGGUUUGGUUUGCCAAGUCGCCAACUUCUACUGUCACAUUCUGUUGAAGAAUCUCAGAGACCCUAGUGGAGCUGGAGGGUACCAGAUCCCACGUGGUUUCCUCUUCAACAUUGUUACGUGUGCCAAUUACACGACCGAGAUUUACCAGUGGCUAGGAUUCAACAUCGCUACUCAGACCGUUGCAGGAUAUGUUUUCUUAGCUGUUGCAGCUCUGAUUAUGACCAACUGGGCUCUUGGAAAGCACAGCCGUCUGAGAAAGAUAUUUGAUGGGAAAGAUGGGAAGCCAAAGUAUCCAAGAAGAUGGGUUAUAUUGCCUCCAUUCCUGUAGAAGACUCAUCGUUGUGAUCUUCGUUCUAUCAGUUUAAAAGCUUUCUUAAUAAGAGGUUGUAAAAGAGAUUUGGAAGAUGUUCGUUUUUCUCUGUAUUUGUUAUCACUUUUGUUUUGAGAUGUUUUUUGUAAGUUUAGAGAUUUUAGACACUUGCUUCUUGUUGUUCAAAAAAAAAAGAAAAAAGACCCUUGCUUCUUUAA